AUAUGCAAGCCAAAGUUCAAACCUCAAAUCAUAUGGAAUCACUUGUUCAAGAUGGCUGCCACUGAAACCUUUGGAGAGAUCAUAGAUGGUGAUGUCUUCAAGUACUAUGCACAUGGCUGCUGGAACAAGUCCUCUUCUGGGAAAUCCGUUCCCAUCAUCAAUCCCUCCACUAGGAAGCCCCACUUCAAGGUCCAAGCUUGUACCCGGGAAGAGGUUGAUAGCGUCAUGGAAUCAGCAAAAACAGCUCAAAAAUCAUGGGCCAAGACUCCACUGUGGAAAAGAGCAGAGUUGCUUCACAAGGCUGCAGCAAUACUGAAGGAACACAAAGCAUCUAUUGCUGAGUGUCUGGUUAAGGAGAUUGCAAAGCCAGCUAAAGAUGCUGUCACUGAAGUGGUCAGAUCAGGAGAUUUGAUCUCAUAUUGUGCUGAGGAAGGUGUAAGAAUUCUUGGGGAAGGAAAGUUUCUGGUCUCUGAUAGUUUUCCAGGCAAUGAUAGAACCAAAUACUGUCUCUCUUCCAAGAUUCCACUUGGAGUUGUUUUAGCCAUUCCACCUUUUAACUAUCCUGUUAAUCUGGCUGUUUCAAAGAUUGCUCCAGCUCUUAUUUCUGGAAACUCCAUUGUUCUUAAACCCCCCACUCAGGGUGCCGUGGCUGCAUUACACAUGGUGCAUUGCUUUCAUUUGGCUGGUUUUCCCCAAGGUCUUAUUAGCUGUGUCACAGGAAAAGGUUCUGAGAUUGGUGAUUUUCUUACAAUGCAUCCGGGGGUGAACUGCAUAAGUUUUACUGGUGGAGACACCGGAAUAGCAAUAUCAAAGAAGGCUGGCAUGGUUCCUCUUCAAAUGGAGCUGGGAGGAAAAGAUGCAUGCAUUGUUCUUGAAGAUGCUGACUUGGAUUUGGCAGCUGCUAACAUGGUGAAAGGAGCUUUCUCUUACAGUGGUCAAAGAUGCACUGCUGUAAAGGUUGUUUUGGUCAUGGAAUCGGUUGCCAACACCCUUGUUAAGAAAAUCAACGAUAAAGUUGCCAAGUUAACUGUUGGACCACCUGAGAAUGACUGUGAUGUAACACCAGUUGUCACAGAAUCCUCUGCUAACUUCAUUGAAGGAUUGGUAAUGGAUGCUAAGGAGAAAGGAGCAACAUUCUGCCAGGAAUACAGAAGGGAAGGAAAUCUCAUUUGGCCAUUGCUGUUGGAUAAUGUUCGUCCUGAUAUGAGGAUAGCAUGGGAGGAGCCAUUUGGACCAGUUUUGCCAGUUAUCAGAAUAAAUUCUGUUGAGGAGGGAAUCCACCACUGUAAUGCCAGCAAUUUUGGCCUUCAGGGAUGUGUCUUCACCAAAGACAUUAACAAAGCAAUGUUGAUAAGUGAUGCAAUGGAGACAGGAACAGUUCAAAUUAACUCAGCACCAUCUCGUGGACCUGAUCACUUUCCUUUUCAGGGACUGAAGGAUAGUGGAAUUGGUUCUCAAGGAAUUACCAACAGUAUUAACAUGAUGACAAAGGUUAAGACUACAGUAAUAAACUUACCAGCAGCUUCUUACACUAUGGGAUGAGAUGAUUAAGAAACUAUUAAGUUACUCAAAGUAGUGGUAUCUAGUCACCUUAUAAAGAAGGUGUUUUCCAAUCUUCCACGUUUCAUCUUUAACAUUAGAGUAGAGUGAAAGAAUAGUGUUUGAGAGAUCUGCUGCACGUAAGUAACUUUUGUUUUAUGUGGCUUGUGUCUCUACAGAGAAAUGGUAACUAUUUGUUUUGUACAAGUAGAAUAUGAAUCUUGAAUAAAUUAUGGUUCUCGCA